AUGGCUAACAAAGAUCCAUCGAAGGGUGUAGAGGAUGAUAUUUUGCAUCAUCUUGAAAGAAAUGCUAACAUCUAUACACAAACUUAGGAUUAACUUAACAAUAAACUAUAUGAUUAAACACCCUACAUGAUUCCAACCCAAAACAUUUCUCCAUAAAUUUCAAGUCUUCGAGAAAUAAAAUUAGUCAAUUCUCUGCUUGAAAAUGGAGACGGUAAAAUCCAUCCUGUCAAACUCAUUUGCCAGAAUUGCAAGAAAUAAGUUCAAACAAAAUUAAGCAGAAGAGUUGGGAGUGGUGCAUAUUUGGUUUCAUGUAUUCUCCUUCUAUGUUCUUUUGGAAUCUGCUGUUUGGCAUGUUUACCUUGUUAUGUAGAUGAUUGCAAGGACAUUAUCCAUCUUUGUCCGGAUUGUCAACAUCAGAAUGGAUCAACGCCAUACUCUGUUUUUUAAUGA